AUGAGAAGAGAUCACGGGACCGAACGAGAAGAACAAGACAACAGACUGUCUUCAUUGAACGUCAAUCUUGCAGACAACAGAGCAGGACUGGAUCGGUCCGAGGCGACGCAAAGAUCUGAAGAGGACAAGCCGUCUAAGAUCGACGAAGCUGACUCCGCAGAAGCACCAGUCUACUAUCACGAGAGUGGAGAUUUGUUUGCCGAAGACAUCGAGCAACACCUGGCGGUGUUACCAGAGAUGUUCACUGCUACGGAAGAAGUGACAAUUAACGACAUUCAGAUCGGCUAUCCGGACGUUCCUCUCACCGCAGAUCAACAAAGACUCAGAUCGCUGAUUUGGAAGACCCGUCACCUUUUUAUGGGGAAAGGCAAUGCUCUACCACCAGCGGCUCGAGGAGCGAUUUGUGAUAUCGAUGUCGGUGGAGCCGCACCAAUUGCGCAAAGAGUGCGUCCGGUCGCACCCAAAUAUCGGGAGAAGCUGUCAGAUCUCAUCAAAGGACUGUUAGCAGCCAAAAUCGUUCAGCCAUCCACGUCACCUUGGGCGUCUCCGAUAGUGGUGAUCAUCAAGAAGAACGGAGUGGAUAUUCGCCUUUGA